GGGAGGAAGGGGAGGACCCGGGGGACAGGCGCUCACCGCCGCAACGGAACGAAGGGUCUGGGAGAGACGACGCUCUGGUCCCCAGGAGGGCAAGACGAGAUGCGGUCCCCAAGGCAGGGCGCCCCCAGGUCGCAAAUGAGGAGAGUGCGCUUCUCCUUCCGCCCCCAAGGAGCGGGGGACGGAGCCGCCGGGGAACUGGCUGCUGGGCCUUAUUCGGCAGCCGACGAGGUUCAGGAGCUCAGGGCUGGACAGGCUGGGACUGGGGCGGAGUGCGACCCCGGGGGUUGCUGGGCGGCGCCGACCCCCGGGGAGCACAGAACCGAGAAACUGCGGAAACGUUCCGCAAGGGGGCGCCGCGUCCGCGCGUCGGGGGCCCCUGACUCGAGCGCUCCUUCCUUGGCGGUCCCCCUCGGUGAGCCUCACCGUCGCCUUGGAGACGGACGCUCGGAUUCCGGGAGCAAGUUUGCUAAGGACUCUAGGAGUUCCUCUCCACCGUAUCUUAGUUUAAUAAAUGAUUUUUUCAAGCCAGAGAAGCUAAGCAAGUCAGAGAUGAGGUUUAAAGAAAAGGCAGUGGUGGAAAUGACAAAGCUGAACAACCAAAUAAAACAAGCUCAAAGCCAGCAAGAGUCACUAAUGGAGGAAACCAAGCAGCUAUAUGCUGAGAAGUUACUUGUCCAGACUGAAAACAAAUUCUUCCUGGAAUAUCUAACCAACAAAACUGAAGAGUAUAGAAUGCAGCCUGAAAAGCUGUGGAACAGCUAUUUACAAAAAAGUCAGGAGAUUGAACAAAGGAGACGAGACUAUGCCUCCAAAUAUGCGAAACAAACUUCAGUGUUUAAAAGGGAGCUUUUGCAGAAGGAAAAGAUCCAAUGCAACUUAAAGCAGCAGUUGCAGACACUGAGGAAAAUUUCACUGUUAAAGGAGAAACAGGAGAGAGAAAUCCAGAUAUUACAGGACGAGAAAAAGAAAACCCCAGCUGAGACAGAUGCCAAGAAACAGGAAAUCCAGGUCCAGUUACUCCAGGAAAAAGCAUUUCUAGAGAAACAACUGAGUGAGCCAGACAUGGGGCAGUUGGGAAAGAGGAAAAGAAAGGAGCUUGACGGGAAGGCCCAGGCCUUGGAGUUGGAAGCAAAGCAGUAUACUUUUGAGUUCUACCGUGGCAUCAGGAGAGAGAACCGGGAGUUACGGAAGAAGUUACUGCAGCAAACUCAGCAGUGCCAGGAGUUGCAAGCUACUAAAAGCCAGUUAGAAAAUCAGAAGCAGCAGCUGCAGCUGGAACAGUGGUAUGUGGAGGGCUUAAUCCGGGCGAGGCAACGAUUGCAAAGAAGGCGUAAUUGGUGCCCAGGACAGGAUGCUCCAAGGACCACAUUAACACCUCUGAGUACCAAACCAAAGAUUAAUCCAAACCAAUUCCUAAAAUAACACUGCGUAAAUAAAGACUGGAGCAAGUAUUCUUAUAAACCGAUGGCUGCAUAAACUUAGUUAGGAAGGCUUUAGGAUCUCAGAUUGCUAUGGCAAAGUAUCCAUCAUGAUGUGUUAGUGUGAAAUAUUAGGUGCAUUUUUCCAGCAGUACUGCUGGAUAUUUGUGCCACCAGCUUCCUUUAAUUAGAUUUUUCCUUAAUUAGAUCUUGUUAAUAAAUGGGAUGUUCCUCAAA